UUGCAACCACAAUGCAUUUGCUAAUAAUGAAUUAGUAGAUACAAGAAUGAACAUGAAGAAUAGUAGUAAACAACUUCUUCUUUAUAAUAGUCAAAAACCUGAUGACUUGACAUAUAUCAUAAUGUUUACAGAUAUUAAUAAUAUAGUAAAACCCAAAG